AUGGCCGGUCGCUGUUGGGCCGUGCUGCCGCUGCUGCCGCUGCUCUACGCUUUCCUGAACGGAGGGUUGCAGCUGGCCUCCGCCUCGCUCCCGUCGCUGCCUCGGCGAGCACUGGGAGCACUGGGGGCUGGCGCACUUGGGGCACGGGCCCAGCCGGCAAGCGCCGCGACGUGGCUCCCGCGACCGGCGUCUGGAGCCAUCUCUGGUGGGGUGCUGCCCCUGACCAUAGGACUUGGUACCUGCUUGGUCUCUGAGGGAGAUGUGACCAGGCAGGUCUCCAGUGCUUUGGACACUGGCUACCGCGUCAUCGACACAGCACAGAGGUAUGGCAAUGAAGCCGGCAUCGGCCGGGCGUUGAAGGAAGCAUUUGACAAGGGCCUUCGUCGUGACGAGGUCUUCGUGACCACCAAGGUGUGGCCCACGAAUUACGGCUUCGACAAGGCAAUCAGCUCGGUGCAGGACUCGGCAAAGAAGCUCGGCCUCGAGGCCAUUGAUCUGGUCUUACCGCAUUGGCCUGGUCUCAGCACCAGCAUCGAGGCUGCAGAGUCGAAUUUCCGGCUCCGGCGAGAAACCUGGAAAGCUUUGGAGCAAAUGAAGAAGGAUGGCCUGGUCAAGAACAUCGGUGUGUCCAACUACAAUGACCGACAUCUUACCGAGCUUCUCGACUAUGCUGACACCGUUCCGAUGGCAAGCCAGUUCGAGAUCCAUCCAUUCAACACGCGUGAGAUGCUGGUACAGAAAUGCCAAAAGCUUGGCAUCAGGGUCAACGCCUACUCACCGCUGGGAGGAAAAGGCAACCCCAACCAGGUAACCGACAAGCUGCUUUCGUUACAACUACUGGCAGACAUCGGUUCUGCACAUGGGAAGACCCCGGCGCAGACGAUUCUGCGGUGGCACCUGCAGCGAGGCGUGACGCCAAUCCCAAAGGCCAGUUCUGCAAAUCGGUUGGGUGAGAAUUUCGACGUCUUCGACUUCGAGCUGAGCGAUCAAGAAAUGCAGGAGAUUUCAGGACUUGAUCGACGGCGAUUUGCAGUGAUGGACUCCGAAGUCUUCCUUUAA